AUGACGUCUCUCAACUUUAACAAUAUAGAGACCUUGACUGGCUCCAACUUCAAGAAAUGGAAGGAGGAUGUCGAGAUUGUGCUUGGUCUCAUGGAUCUUGACCUGGCACUGAGGGAAGAAAAGCUUAAAGCCAUCACUUCCAAGAGUACUGCAGAUGAAAAAGUGAAGCUUGAAAAAUGGGAGAGGGCAAAUCGAAUGUCCAUGAUGAUAAUGAAGAAAGCAAUGGCUCAGUUGGUCAAAGGGGGUAUUCCUAAGACUGACAAUGCAAGGGAAUUCUUGGCUGCAGUAGGAGAGAAGUUUAAGGAGUCAGAAAAGGUAGAAAUUGGGACCUUCCUUACGCAAAUAACAUCAAUGAAGUACAAUGGUGUGGGAAGUGUCAGAAAGCAUAUAUUGAAGAUGGUUGACCUUGCCCAGAAACUGAAGGAUCUUAAAGUAUCUAUGACUGACCAAUUUUUAGUCCACAUGGCUUUAAAUUCUUUACCUCCUAAAUAUGGGCAGCUCAAAUUCUUAUACAACACUCAAAAGGAUAAAUAG